AUUUAUUUGGUACGCUACUCACUUUAGUUAUUUACGUAUUUUCCUCUUCAGCGUCACUGCCUCGACACACCUUCUUCUCCUCAAAAGCCUGUUCUCCAGUUCCUCCGCAAUCUACAAUCCUAUCCUCCGUUUCCUCUACACCCCUGCAUAUAUCAUUUUCUCCACAUGCCCCGCCAUAAUUCAACAAAGCAUGAUUCCCCUGGCUCUCAGAUCUAUUCUCCUCAAUAUUCCUCUACUCAGUAUCUAUCUGAUUCUAGUCAGUCUGCAGGUCAUUCUCCCCAGUCCCCUACAGCCCCCUCUUCUCUUCCUCAGUCUUCCCAGUCUUCUGGGACAGCUAAUGGCAAGAAAAAGCACGUCUGUCCGACGUGCGACCGUGGCUUCACUACCAGUGGCCACCUCGCAAGGCACCUUCGCGUUCACACAGGUGAACGCAAUCACAAGUGUCCUUUUCCUGGGUGCGAAACACGUUGCUCCAGGCAAGACAAUUUACAACAACAUUACCGCAUUCAUCUCUCGCCGGGCUCACGACGGAGCUCAAGCUCCGCGACGCGUGCUGCAAUUGCUCGUGCCGUAGGCGUCAGCGGUUCUGGCUCAAAAAAUAGCCGGACAUCAUCGUCAAUGAUUUCCUCGGAACGCAAUUCCUCAGACACCCCCUCUCCACCUCCGGCGCUCGAGCACGCGAUGCCCCCGGCACCCGACUCACCCCCACCUUUGGUACAAGCCUUUUCUGUACCAUCAUCAUAUUCCGAUAGCUUGCAUUCUGGAAGUGUCUCCAGUAGAUCCCCGACACCUCCCGAAAAUUCCUUCCCAUCAAUGAUCAACCACCAUUCCCAGGCAAUGUCCAAUGGUCAAGUCGCAUCCCACUCGUCGCCGAUACAUCUUCGCCAGCUAAUUACAGGCUACGUCACGGCAUCUGUGCCGCAGCCUUCCAGUGGUCAUGCUGUGCAUGAUCAAUACGACUAUUCUCAGGCAUACGGCGAGAAGUCAUCCAUGUCGCGUAUUCAUUCUUCCUCUCUUCAUCAAUCACCCAUGGAUAAUAUUCACGAUGGCUCCCCGCAGUCAUCCGCCCACCUUUCAUCUGUAUCAUCUCGUCUGUCGAUUUCACACAUCUCGCAUCCACACUCCUAUCCUACGCAUUAUCAGGCAGUCAGCACCCCGUCGCCGGAUUCACCACACUCCGUCUCUCCGCACUCUCAGCUAUCUACGCCAAACUACUCAGCCUACCGGGAUGACUCACAUGAGGUUGCGUCAUACCAAAAUGGUUCUGGAAUAUUGGAUCCUGUCUCCGACCAUUCUAGCAGCUACAUGAACACACAGAACAGUAUCGUUCAUGGAUCAUACGGUCACACCCUUAUGUCGCACCACUCGAGCAUACCAAGGUACGACUCGCCACCACCAGUCCUAGCGCCGAUUCAGGACGAGAGGGUACUUCGCGGGGACAUUCGGAUCCCUCAAAUGCAUCAUCCAAUACCGCCGCCCAACUCGCUGUCAUACAUGCAUCAUUCUCAGGUACAGAGUUCAUAUCCGUAUCACGCUCCGCACGUCGGGCUUGGCCAAAGCGCUUGGAAAGCCGACAGCGCUCUGCGAGCGCGACCUUCAACGGGCUAUGUAUAACACCAAGACCCCCUUGUUUCAUGUAUGCCGUUGUGAAUUCGUAUUCUAUAGCUGUCUCGUACCCGGAUUUUUCUCUCCUUUCGGUGUCUGGUCUGUUUUGUGUAUGGAUUACUUUCGUGCAUUUCCUGCCACCUUUCCAACAGUUGCGGCACUGCUUGGUAACACAUCGCUACUGCACAAUACCAUAUACCUGUCGUAUCUAAACUGCAUACAUACUUUGUACAUUAUGUUGUUCAUAAGAAUUGCAUCGUGGAUUCUGAGCGGAUCUGAUGUGGCGGUACUGUGCCUUGAUGUGACGUUAUUUACAC